AGGAAGGACAGGACGGGAGGGGAGCUCCUGAUAUAUCUCCUGCUUUUACAGCGCUGUUCAUACAUACACUUCAUUCAGCUCCUUGUUGCUUCACUAGGUCCUGACUUACGACUCCAGCUGAAGACAAGUUUGGAUAUUUCACAAGGAGGAAAAUGUGCUGUGACGCAGCUUGAAGAGCAAAGCAGGAUCUAGCCAGGUGCACCAUGUCACACGCCCAGGUGGAGAUCCCCGGAUGCGGCUUCCCGGGCCUGCAGCCGCACGGCUUGGGCGCGCGCCGCAACUCGUACGGCCUACACCAGAUCAGUGUUGACGUCGACUCGCCUCUCUUCAGCGGCGCCCUCUCCAAAGCGCUCUCCUGGUCGGCUGAAAACAUACUCAGCCUGCCCGAGUCCAGAGCCGAAGAGGAGGAGGACGAAGAAAAACCCCGGGAUGACACUCCCUCGGGCAGCCCGCUGCCGGAUGUCGCCGGCUCCCCUUGCGAGUCGGACGGCGAACCGACGCAGGGUAGAGGACAACGUUUACCGCCCCGUGUGAACUUUGACACACGAUGGGAGGAGGAGAAGGAGGAUGUGGAGACUAAAGCGGUGGCGACGUCGCCUGACGGACGCUACCUUAAGUUCAACAUCGAGAUCGGGAGAGGUUCCUUCAAAACUGUCUACAAAGGCCUCGACACGGAGACCACAGUGGAGGUGGCCUGGUGUGAGCUUCAGACUCGAAAGCUAACCAAGGCGGAACGUCAACGCUUCAGUGAGGAAGUAGAGAUGCUAAAGUGCCUCCAGCACCCCAACAUUGUGCGCUUCCACGACUCGUGGAAGUCGACGGUGAAAGGACACAAGUGCAUCAUCCUGGUGACGGAGCUAAUGACAUCUGGCACGCUGAAGACUUAUCUGAAAAGAUUCAAGGAGAUGAAGCUAAAGCUGUUGCAACGCUGGAGCCGUCAGAUCUUGAAGGGGCUUCACUUCCUGCACACACGCACACCACCCAUCAUCCACCGAGAUCUCAAGUGCGACAACAUCUUCAUCACCGGGCCCACUGGCUCUGUCAAGAUUGGUGACCUUGGACUCGCCACGCUCAAGAGGGCCUCCUUUGCAAAAAGUGUCAUUGGAACACCAGAGUUUAUGGCUCCUGAAAUGUAUGAGGAAAAGUACGACGAGGCGGUUGACGUCUACGCCUUCGGAAUGUGCAUCCUUGAGAUGGCUACCUCAGAGUAUCCCUACUCAGAAUGUCAAAACGCUGCACAGAUCUAUCGCAAAGUCACUAGUGGCAUCAAACCAGACAGCUUCUACAACGUGAAAGUGCCGGAGCUCAAAGAGAUCAUCGAAGGCUGCAUUCGCAUGAACAAUGACGAAAGGUACACCAUCCAGGACCUGCUGGAGCACCCCUUCUUCCAGGAGAACCACGGCGUGCACGUGGAGCUAGCCGAGGAGGACGACACGCUCAAAUCGGGCCUGAAGCUGUGGCUGCGCAUGGACCACACGAAGAAGCUCCAUGGAAAAUACAAGGACAACAACGCUAUCGAGUUCCUCUUCGAGCUUUAUAAGGACGUACCCGAGGAGGUCGCGCAGGAAAUGGUCGUGCUGGGCUUCGUGUGUGAGGCCGACUUCAAGCUGGUGGCCAAGGCCAUCCGGGACCGGGUGACGGCCAUCAAACGCCAGCGGGAGAAACUCAAGCGGCAGUCGGAGGAGCAACGGCCACGUUCCUCCUCCCCGCAAGUUAGCGAGGUCAUGGCCGCGGAGUCCCCCGCGCCACCGCCACCCGUGCCGUCCCCCGUCACCAGCUCGGCCGACUCCGGCGUAGGCUCCGGCUGCCCCGCAGAACCGGAGGAGCCCGAGGCCGACCAGCACUUUCACAUCCGUCACAACAGCCUCUCCUCGGCUAAUUCUGACUGCGAGACGGACGGCGACCUAAGCUCUUCGGGUCUCCAGGACCCCCUAGAAGCCACGCCACCCACCUCAUAUGCUAACUCCCCGACCACUAAUGGCCUUCCUAUCCCCGCCCUUCGCUUCCCCUCGAGCAUUGCUGUAUCCAACAACACUGAGUCUGUAAAUCCAGGAUCUCCGAAUGGCUUCCACUCUCCAGGGGACAGCUACGCCUCCGAUGUGACUUCUGGCCUGAGCGACGGCUACGAGGGCGUGUCAGAGAAGAGCGAGAAAACGGUCGCCAGGCGAACCACCGCCAAGCUUUUCAGGAGACGUGUACGCUCAAGGCUUCGCAUCACCGGGUUGUCCGACAAGGUGGACCGAGUGGUGGAAUGUCAGCUCCAGACGCACAACGACAAGAUGGUGACGUUCAAGUUUGACCUGGAUGGUGACAACCCGGAUGACAUCGCCGCCGUCAUGGUGCACAACGAGUUCAUCUUGCCGUCGGAGAAGGAAGGCUUCAUCUACCGCAUGGGCGACAUCAUCAAGCGGGCAGAGGCGCUCAUGGCCAAAGAGCAGCCAGUGCACCCCAGCGGGCAGCGCCCCCCGCAACCUGCCUUCCAAAGUGCAGCUAACCCGCUGUCUUCCUCGCAGCCGGAUCUGCACAGUCAGAGCCUCCCACGAACUCACUUCUCUUCCUCCCUACCCGACUUUGCUGUGGCCAACUCGGGUGAAGAGCCACGUGGAUCGCCCCCGUGCGACAAUGGCGUCGUCUUCGCCCCAGACACAACGUUACCUGGGCGACCGCUUGUCCGUUCACAGUCAUUCCAUAAUGCACCUGGUUCUCCUCUUGCUUAUCACCACACCGCGUCUCUUCUGCCCCACUACCACGUGCCUUACAUGGGCAACUUCCCGUUCCAUUACGCCACACGGCCAGUUUCUCCCAAACUUGGAGCUGCGUCAGUGGGUGGCCUCCAUCCCCCGCUCACCCGCGUGUCCAGUAGCCCCACCUUUGGCUCUGUUCCUUCCCCAGUGCCGCCGGGCUCCCCAAACCUCCUUAAAGACAGCGAGAGCCCACCCGGGCCGCCGCCCACACCCCAGCACCCUGGCAUGUGGCCCCCGCACAGUCAACCCCUGUUCUCUCUGGCGAAUGUCAUCUCCAUGGCCAUGAGCAUGGCGCAGUCAUUCAUCCCGCCCACCCAACAGGGGAUGCCCUCCUACGGGGGCUUCCACCCACAUACAGCGUACCCGUACCCCCCACAAUAUCAGACCCCCACUCUGGAGGUGCCAUACCCAGCAAAUGUUUGUCCCAGCUCUGGAACAACUCCUCCGACGGAGGGAUUCCCUCAAGGUUGGCAGGACACCUCCCCAGCUAGCCCACCACAAACUCCACUGCAGCAGACCGGAGCCUCCGCAUCGCCGAGUCUCCCAUUGGAGGAUCUUGAACCCUUCCCGGGCAAGAUUCCGGUCUUAUCUAAAGUGUCCUGUUCCACUUCGUCGUCAGAUUUGUCACCAUCAUCAACAGACAGUCCAGAGAGUACUUUAUCUUCCAUCAGUACUCUGUCUGAACUGAACGCCGGAAGCCCGUCAAACCAAAAAGUGACGCCUUCGACCCCCCCAGGAUGUCUGUCCACUCCGGUGACGGUGGGGCGUUUCCAGGUGUCGCCCAGCCCCGAAGUGGGUGUGGCUCCUCUGCCACAAGUGGGUGCGAGUAGUACCCAAGAGGUGCAGGGCGAGUCAGAGAUUAUCCUGGGGACUUCCGUCACAUUGAGGGAGGAGGAAGAAGAGGAGGAGGUGGCAGAGGAGCGACCGAGGGCGAGGAGACGAGGGCGUCGGCGGGCGCACAGCCUCAGUUUAAUGGGCACGUCCGCGGACAGCGGGUUAUCAGUGACUGUGCCAGAGGCGGAAGGCCGGCUGUGGGAAGGCGCCGCCGGAAGCCCGCAGUACGGCAACGCCCUUCACCACUUGUGGACCAUGACCUACAGCCACAGUGCGUCCUACAUGAGUAGCGACGACUCGGACAGCGACGAUGACGACGACAUGCUGGACGAGCUCCAGGAACUCCGAGAGAAGCAUCUGUUGGAGGUUCAGGAGCUGCAGGCGGCACAGAAGCAAGAGAUCGAGGAUCUUUACGGCAAGAUGGGCAAGGUCCCGCCGCCUGGCAUCGUCUCACCGGCCGCCAUGUUGUCCAACCGCCAACGCCGCCUGUCCAAAGGUGCGGGGGUCCCGCCGUCGCGCCGCAACAGCCUCCAGCGUUUGGACUUACUACCCAUCCAAGGUAUUAUUAGAAGAAACUCUCUUGGCGGAAGCAGCAGUAGCUCCCAGGACAAGCCCAGCAAAGGCGUCACCUUCGCCUCAGACAUCAGUAGAAUGUAAGAAAACUCAAGCCAGCAAAUGCUGAAUACCCGGACUACCUCAUCCGACGGCAUCCCAAAGGUUGUAGAAAAACGACUUUCUACCAAUCCAACGAAGCUGCCGCAGAUAUCCGUUUGUGUUGUAAAAAUCCAUUUCGUUUUGACACCAGCCAUCUUGAAUAAGAAACCAUAAGAUGGUUGAAGACAAAUCCACAGACCUCCGCCAAGCAGCGAUCUAUAUUUACCAUUACUUUAGUGUAGAUAGUUGCACUUCAAAAUUUUAGAAACACAAGAGGUAAUUUUUCUGUGCAUCAUGUUUCAAACUCUUUAGUUCAUAGAGGACUGGAAUUGUAAAUCGGUGUUUCUCUCCUAAGUAAGCAACCUGAAAUAGUAAAAAAUGAUACAUUUUAGACCAGAAAUAUUUUUCCUAUGAAAAAUAUAGGCCGAAUCCUAUGUAUAAAAAUAGCCUCAUUCCCCCUUUACACUAACACGCACGCCUCUUCCUCAGUCUGGCUUGGUUACCCUACGAAUAAUUGAAAAUCAGCGAGAAAUGAAAAGGAAUGUGGAAAAUGCAUGUAGAGAUUUCUGUAUACUUUUAGUCUUGUCGCUUCUUGGUGGAAGUAAUUGAGCCAGUAUAAGAUGCAAAUGGUUAUAUAUCAUACUACUACUGGCUUCUCUUGAACAUAAUGUACAUUUGAAUAUGAUAGAGUACAUUUUUAGAUUGUUUACACACUCAUGCAAAAAAAUCCAAACAAUUAUAUAUUAAUGUUAGUUUAUUAGGAUCGCAAGGAAGCACCUCAUGCACUUUAGCGUUUUCAUUUAACACAUUGCUUGUUGGUCAACUGUGUUCAUUUUUAGCAGAAAAAAAAUACAUAAAACAAAGGAGAAUGUCCAUUGUCAAUGUGCCUUAGCAAAUAGUCACACUGAACAUUGAGAAAAAAAAUAUCAAAAAUAAUAUAUUCAAAGAUUUGCAAAAUAACGUGCAAUGUAGAUGAUUAACUAAAUGUACAAUUCAGCUGCUGCCAUCUGUGCCUUUUUCCUCCAUCUGUACUAUAGGUCUUAUUUUCUAUUUCUCUACUACUGUGGAUUUCCCAGCUCAAUAAA